CGAAGACGGAAAGUGGGGAACGUCGCUCGCGUCAUCGUGCGCACUGACAAAUCCGCGGACCGGGCCCUGAAAUUAUUACAUCAUUUGUCCAGAAUAAUCCGAUGGGUGGCCCGCGACUUCUCUUGACAGCUGAGCCCUUAAUAAACACUCACGUUUCGCCGCUCUGCAACCCCCACUUCGUUCCCAAUGUACACCAGAUCACUACCCCGCGCCUUCAGAGCCUUUCGAGGAACCACAUCAACAGCUAAUCCGAUCAUCACGAGGCUAUUCACAACUAGCUCAUCCAAAAUGACUGUCCACAACAUCGCUACGAUGGAGCAGUUCAAGGAGACGAUUGCUAAGAACCCGGUCGUCCUCCUCGACGCGUUCGCCACAUGGUGUGGCCCUUGCAAAGCCAUUGCUCCUCAGGUCGCCAGAUGGGCCGAGGAGGAAACCUUCAAGGACAAGAUCUACUUCGCCAAGUUUGACGUCGACGCCGUGCCCGACGUCGCGCAGGAGCUUGGCAUCCGUGCCAUGCCUACCUUCAUCGUCUUCAAGGACGGCGAGAAGGUCGACGAGCUUCUGGGCGCCAACCCUCCAGCACUCUUCAAGCUGAUCGAGAAGUACAACCCCGCAGAGGCCGAGACGACCGAGAAAAGCGAGAACAAGAGUGAGACCGCCGAGUAGGGGAGACGUCUCUGGAAGUAUCUCUGGAAGAGAGGAUAAGCCCGUCUACAGAAAGGGCCCAGGGGAGGAUGGUCAUUGAUGGAUGCCCAUGUGAUUUUGCGGCGCCAAGGGUACCAAGGCCGGAUCAGCACUGCGCUUUUUAAGUGCUUGAUGAUCUUCCAACGCAAACGACGACGUUGAUACCAGUAGGAUUGGGGGGAAAAGAAUUAAUUCAUUAAAAUUGGACCAUCCUAGGCCAAGGCCUGCUUUGUGGUGAAUUGAGCCGGUUCGAUUCGCAGGAGUUUAAUAACAACAGGAUGACCCUGCUCCUGAUAAAUCAACGGAUAAAAAUAUACAAAAUAGGUUUGUUUGCAG